AUGGAAAUGGAUGUUUCCAGCAUAAGCAAACAUAAUGGUGAGUAUUGUUCAUAUUUGAUGGACUUCUAUAAGUUACACGACAGUACUGGACGGUUUUUGUUUAUUUGUUGGGUUUGUCUGUAUCUCCAUGAGUUUAUUUUUACUUUACAGCCACCAAGACCGAUCUGAGUUUGUUGCUGGAGUGUCUGAAGUACCAGAUGAAAUGUCCUGAUUCACAGAAACAAGCUCUUCUCACCAUCUACUCUAUCUGUCAACAGAGAGGUCUCUCUCUCACACACACACACAGCAAAUCCCCUAAAGAUAGACAAAUUGACAAAUCUAACAGUUAUGCAAUGGCACUGAUUUUCUCUUGCUCUCUCUCUAUCAGAGGAGAAUGUGGACUUCUUCAGAGAGAUGGGAGGGGUGGUGUUUGUGUACAACCUCUCCAAAUCCAGUGCUCACUCAGAGGUCAGGGAGACUGCUCUCUUCAUACUGGGAACGCUGGCAGAGGCCAAUGGUGUGUGUGUGUGUGCGUGUGUGCUGGUAGUGUACUUUAAGCAGGUUCUCUCUGACUCUGACGCUGUACGUGUAUUGUAAACAAGCUGUGUGUUUAGUCUGCUGUAAGCAGGCCCUGUGUAGGAGGGAAACAUUCAGUGAUCUGACAGAGUGUCUGAUGCAGCAGGACAGUCCACUGACCCAGAGGAGAGUAGCUGUCUACCUGAUCUCUGUCCUCGUCGCCAACAACAGUAAGCGCAGACAGGAAAAACUGACUGAGUUUCUUUGGUCCUGCUGGGGUUGAGAAUUGAUUUGGACAGGGAAUGAUUGUCAUGACAGGCAGUUGUUUUAGCUGGUACAGCCAGAGGAGGAUGGACCCCCCCCCCUUUCAAGGGAGUUUUUCCUUGCCACUGUGCUGCUGCUUGAUCUUUGGGGUCUAAGCCACGUUAUUGUGAGGCACUUUGUGAUGCUUAUGUGAAAAGCACUAUACAGGUGCAGCUCAAUAAAUUAGAAUAUUGUGGAAAAGUUAAGUAAUUUCAAUAAUUCAAUUGACAAAGUGAAACUCAUAUAUCGUGGAUUAAUUACACAAAAGUGAAAUAGUUCAAGGUUGUAUUUGUUUUAAUCUGAAUGAUUACGGCUUACAGCUCAUGAAAACCCCAAAUUCAGAAUAUUGUGAAAAAGUUCAAUAUUGUAGACUCAAGGUGUCACACUCUAAUCAGCUAACUAACUCAAAACACCUGCAAAGGUUUCCUGAGCCUUUAAAUGGUCUCUCAGUCCAGUUCAGUAGGCUUCACAAUCAUGGGGAAGACUGCUGACUUGACAGUUGUGCAGAUGACAGUCAUCAACACCCUCAACAAGGAGGGAAAGCCUCAAAAGAUCAUUGCUAAAGAAGCUGGCUGUUCACAGAGUGCUGUAUCCAAGCAUAUUCAUGGAAAGUCGAGUGGAAGGAAGAAGUGUGGUAAGAAAAGGUGCACAAGCAACAGGGAUAACCAGAGCCUUGAGAGGAUUGUCAAGCAAAGGCCAUUCAAAAAUGUGGGGGAGCUUCACAAGAAGUGGACUGAGGCAGGAGUCAGUGCAUCAAGAGCCACCACGCACAGACGUAUCCAGGAAAUGGGCUACAACUGUCGCAUUCCUCGUGUCAAGCCACUCCUGAACCAGAGGCAAUGUCAGAAGCGUCUUACCUGGGCUAAGGAGAAAAAUAACUGGUCUGUCGCUCAGUGGUCCAAAGUCCUCUUUUCAGAUGAAAGUACAUUUUGCAUUUCAUUUCGCAAUCAAGGUCCCAGAGUCUGGAGGAAUAGUGGAGAGGCACAUAAUCCAAGUUGCUUGAAGUGCAGUGUGAAGUUUCUACAGUCAGUGAUGAUUUGGGGAGCCAUGUCAUCUUCUGGUGUUGGUCCACUGUGUUUCAUCAAGUCCAAAGUCAACUCCGCCAUCUACCAGGAAAUGUUAGAGCACUUCAUGCUUCCUUCUGCUGACAAGCUUUAUGGAGAUGCUGAUUUCAUUUUCCAGCAGGACUUGGCACCUGCCCACACUGCCAAAGGUACCAAUACCUGGUUCAAUGACCAUGGGAUUACUGUGCUUGAUUGGCCAGCAAACUCGCCUGAUCUGAACCCCAUAGAGAAUUUAUGGGGUAUUGUCAAGAGGAAGAUGAGAGAGACAAGACCCAACAAUGCAGACGAGCACACAGGCUGAUCGACUCCAUGCCACGCUGCAUAGAUGCAGUGAUUCAUGCAAAAGGAGCCCCAACCAAGAACUGACAGCAUGUACAAGAACAUACUUUUCAGAAGGCCGACAUGUCUGUAUUACAUUUCAUUUUUUCACUGGUCUUAUGUCAUAUUCAAAUUUUCUAAGAUACUGAAUUUGUGGUUUUCAUGAGCUGUAAGCCGUAAUCAUCGAGAUUAAAACAAAUACAGGCUUGAACUAUUUCACUUUUUGUGUAAUUAAUCCACAAUAUAUAUGAGUUUCACUUCGUCAAUUGAAUUAUUGAAAUUACUUAACUUUUCCACAAUAUUCUAAUUUAUUGAGCUGCACCUGUAUAUUGUACAUAAAAUGUGAUUAAUUGUGUGUGUGCUGCUUUAGGGUCUGGACAGAUUUUUGCUCAGACGUCGGGCUGUCUGGACAUCCUGCUGGACUUGUUCAGGUAAACACUGAAAAGCACCACUGGUUUUCAGGCAGAACUGUUUCCAAAUUGAGAACUAAUUUACUUUUACAAAAGACCUGGAUGGUCAAGAGGUGAGCAGUAGAUACAAAAUACACUGCUCAAAAAAAUAAAGGGAACACUAAAAUAACACAUCCUAGAUCUGAAUGAAUGAAAUAAUCUUAUUAAAUACUUUUUUCUUUACAUAGUUGAAUGUGCUGACAACAAAAUCACACAAAAAUUAUCAAUGGAAAUCAAAUGUAUCAACCCAUGGAGGUCUGGAUUUGGAGUCACCCUCAAAAUUAAAGUGGAAAACCACACUACAGGCUGAUCCAACUUUGAUGUAAUGUCCUUAAAACAAGUCAAAAUGAGGCUCAGUAGUGUGUGUGGCCUCCACGUGCCUGUAUGACCUCCCUACAACACCUGGGCAUGCUCCUGAUGAGGUGGCGGAUGGUCUCCUGAGGGAUCUCCUCCCAGACCUGGACUAAAGCAUCCGCCAACUCCUGGACAGUCUGUGGUGCAACGUGGCGUUGGUGGAUGGAGCGAGACAUGAUGUCCCAGAUGUGCUCAAUUGGAUUCAGGUCUGGGGAACGGGCGGGCCAGUCCAUAGCAUCAAUGCCUUCCUCUUGCAGGAACUGCUGACACACUCCAGCCACAUGAGGUCUAGCAUUGUCUUGCAUUAGGAGGAACCCAGGGCCAACCGCACCAGCAUAUGGUCUCACAAGGGGUCUGAGGAUCUCAUCUCAGUACCUAAUGGCAGUCAGGCUACCUCUGGCGAGCACAUGGAGGGCUGUGCGGCCCCCCAAAGAAAUGCCACCCCACACCAUGACUGACCCACCGCCAAACCGGUCAUGCUGGAGGAUGUUGCAGGCAGCAGAACGUUCUCCACGGCGUCUCCAGACUCUGUCACGUCUGUCACGUGCUCAGUGUGAACCUGCUUUCAUCUGUGAAGAGCACAGGGCGCCAGUGGCGAAUUUGCCAAUCUUGGUGUUCUCUGGCAAAUGCCAAACGUCCUGCACGGUGUUGGGCUGUAAGCACAACCCCCACCUGUGGACGUUGGGCCCUCAUACCACCCUCAUGGAGUCUGUUUCUGACCAUUUGAGCAGACACAUGCACAUUUGUGGCCUGCUGGAGGGCAUUUUGCAGAGCUCUGGCAGUGCUCCUCCGGCUCCUCCUUGCACAAAGGCGGAGGUAGCAGUCCUGCUGCUGGGUUGUUGCCCUCCUACGGCCUCCUCCACGUCUCCUGAUGUACUGGCCUGUCUCCUGGUAGCGCCUCCAUGCUCUGGACACUACGCUGACAGACACAGCAAACCUUCUUGCCACAGCUCGCAUUGAUGUGCCAUCCUGGAUGAGCUGCACUACCUGAGCCACUUGUGUGGGUUGUAGACUCCGUCUCAUGCUACCACUAGAGUGAAAGCACCGCCAGCAUUCAAAAGUGACCAAAACAUCAGCCAGGAAGCAUAGGAACUGAGAAGUGGUCUGUGGUCACCCCCUGCAAAACCAGUCCUUUAUUGGGGGUGUCUUGCUAAUUGCCUAUAAAUUCCACGUGUUGUCUGUUCCAUUUGCACAACAGCAUGUGCAAUUUAUUGUCAAUCAGUGUUGCUUCCUAAGUGGAUAGUUUGAUUUCACAGAAGUGUGAUUGACUUGGAGUUACAUUGUGUUGUUUAAGUGUUCCCUUUAUUUUUUUGAGCAGUGUAGUAUUGAAACUAUACAGGACAACACCAAUUCCAGUUCAGGUUUAUUGAUGUCUCUCUCCCAAGGACUAGUUUCCCUCUCUCUGGCGAGGCCACAGUGAAACCUGCUAACAUCACUCAGCUGUUCCAACUCUGGACCUCUGUGUCCAGUGCUCUCUGUGGCUGUGUCAACAACCCCCAGAAUGGUAACACCUGUGUCUGUGUGUAUGUUUGUGUCCUUGUACAGUGUUCUAUGCAGCUGUACAUAAAAUAAACAACUGUGGUUACGCAUGCAUGUGUGUAUCUUGCAGUAGUUUAAUGUUUAUAGAGAGAGAGAAUAGAAGGGAGGUCGAAGGAAGAAGAAAAGCUUUUCGUCUUUCAUGUCUUAACCCUUUCUUUCCCUAGAGGAGAGCCAGCGUAUCUGUGUGUCAGCCUUCCCCCUGGUCAAGGCCUGGCUGCAGCAGCUCUCUCACCCCCGCACAGAGAUGGUUCAGCCCAUCUGCUCCUUCAUAGCCAUGACGGUCGCCAACAACCGUGAGUAAAACAGGGAUGAUACACUGACACUAAUGUUUAGAGCCUGUUACUUACAUAUGUAUCCAUAUCAUGUGAUUUGAAAUGGUCUGUUAGCCUUUUUCACAGAUUUUCUUAAGUUGUCUGUCACACACAGAAUACCUAGGUUGCUCUUGCAAUGGAUGGUUUGUAAUUGUAAUCCGACUAGUUUUAUAAGUGUAGUGACCUUCAGUCUGUAGAAGUUACAGUGUCCUGGAGUGUUUUGGUUUAGACAACCUUUCACUAACUGUUCAAAUGAAGGUCUCUCUCUCUCUCUCUCUCUCGCUCGUGUCAAGGAAGGAAGGAAGGAAGGAAGGAUGGAUGAAUGCCAUUAGUCUGUAGAUACUACAGUGGAGAGAACAGUUUUAUCUAUUGAACUCUCAUCUUGUCUUUCACUCCUUUCUCUGUGUCUCUCACUAUCCAUCUCUCCCUCUGGAACCCUCUCUCUCUCUAUCAGAUUGUGCUCAGGAGAGUUUUUCCUCAGUUAGCGGGCUCGAAACUCUGACCCUCACUCUGAUUCGCUUAGCCUCUCAUGCCUCCCACAGCCCAUUGGCCUGUCAGCUGUCUGUCAUCAUGACCAAGACCCUGUCAGCCUGCAUCACUGACAACCGUGAGUGACUCACUCCCCUCUCCCCUACCCCCAAGGCAACUAGAUUCAUCGGCAGGCCGAUUGUUGUCGGAGCAGAUGGUUGGGGGGCCGGAACAUAAUUAUAAGAAUUUGUAUACUGCAAAUUAACCACAACUAAACCCAAAAGGAGAUGGUAUUUGAAAUAACAAUUUUCAUACCUUGAUUACAUUGAGACACGAUCACGUCUCUUUUUCUAUUCGUGGGUGUGCUUGGGAACAGAUUUCCUAAAUUACUCAUUUUCUGCUGAAUUCCUGGUCAUUUUACAGUCGUUGUUUUGCCCAAAACACAAAAAAAUAUAUAUAUUUGUUUUUACUAGAAACUUUGGGGGGCUAAAAAAAAAAUCACUCACAGGCCGAUUUUGGCCCGCGGGCUGCAUGUUGCCGACCCCUGCCAUAGGCCUAGGCACUUGUAUAGAACUCACUCACCCAUUCACACUCGUACAGCCAUGUAAACCAGCUCUCCUCAGGUAACCAGUCCAUUCUCUCCUCUGCGCGUAGCUGUGUUGGCGUCAGGUCUAGCAGGUUAUGGUUUGGUUCCCCAGCUCAUCUCCCUGCUGUCCAGCCCCAACCUGGAGCCCCAAGGCAGGCUAAUUGCCAUACUCACCCUGGGACACUGCACUGAGGCCUCUGGUAACGAACACAGAUUUAUUGGAAACAAAUAAUGACGAUAACACUAUCUUACAAUGCCAAAGCAAACAUGAAUUUAUCACAUCAAUGAUAACAGCACAGUAAUAACUGGAAUAACAACUACUGUAUUUGAAUGCCCCCACCACCCCCAUAGAGGAGCACCAGUCCCAGUUGUUACAGUGUGGAGGUCUGUCCCUCAUCAUCACUCUACUGACUGAGUCUACCAGCGAAGAGCUCAGGAAGGCUGCUACCUUCAUACUGCAGACCUGCAAACAGGCUAGUGAGUACACACACACACACACACAAAGGCCUGUUUUCAAAGGUCAGUGAGUCUGUGGAAGUGAGUCUAGCCAUUUGAUGAUGUCCAUAGCACCGUCUCUCCUCUCAUCCUUCUCUCCUCCCAGCUGUGUCUCUGCGUGGUGUGGUCCAGGGGGAGUCCCAGGGUCAGACUGGGGAGGUGGAGCCCCCUGUGGACAUGGAGGGGUACUGGAGGUCAGCACGAGACAUGCUGCACAGGAUCAACCAGCUGGAGAGACAACAGGCUCAGGUGUACUAAACACACACACAGCAAUCUUUACAAAGGCACUGCAAACAUCAGUCUUCUCCUCCACACACAGGCAUAUACACUCACUCACUCAUCCACACUCUUCAAACGCCAAGCUUUUAUAUAGACACACAAAUCUUCCUUCUAUUUCACAGGUGUGUGGUGUUGGGGUUGUUGCCCAGGGAGCUGAGGAAGAGUGGCAGGAGGACAAACCAAACCCCUCAGACCAACAGAACCCUGCAGGAUUGGGGAGGAAGGAGCUACUCUCACCCCUACCUCUCCCCCCACCCCCAACCCCUCACCACACCUCUUUACCAUACCAGGAGAGGAGAGGAGAAAGAGGAGAGAGGAGUGGCCAAGAGAGAAGAUAUGGAAGAGGAGGAGAGAAAGGAGAGGAGAGGGCGAUGGAUGGCGAGAGAGAGACCCCUGUCCUGCCUGUCUUAGUGAGGAGGGGUAGAGAUGGAGAGAGAGUGAAGCGAGACCAGAGAGACAGAGAGGAGAAACAACUCACAAACAGAGGGCAGGACCUAACGGUGAGGGUCUAACAAAGCUCCAGUCCACUCACCACACAAUUGUUCAGUCCAGACCCCUACCCCUACCCUCUAGGCACUUCGUGUUAAUCUGAAAGGAUUGGAUAGGUAUAAAAGCAAUAUGGUAGCUCCACCGUGCCGUCUGAUAUGCUGUUUCUGGACAGGGCUGAUUUAUUUUGCGCACACACACACACACACACACACUACUAGUCUCUAAGCCCACUGACUCUCUUGGCGUUAUGGAGUAAGUUAAGUGUCAAAAGUUGUGGUUGUUUUGACCAGGAGCAUGUAAGGAGACAGAUAUUCCAAGCCAGUGAGGAGCCGCAGAAACCCGGCCACAGCAGCAGAGUGCGAGAGGGAGAGAAGAGGACGCACACACACUCUCUCACACAUCAAGAGAGGGAGAGCGACAGGGCAGCAAACACACACACUAAGGCAUACAGAAACAUACAGGCAGAAGAGAAAAGACACACCACGCUGCACGUGCACACACUAGGAAACACACACAGAGCAAAGGAAAGGGAUAGGGGCUUGGCAGCUAAGAGAAACACUUAUCCUCUCUACACCAACAAAACCACAGCGUCACACACGCAUGUAAACACACAGACCGAGAACCGCCGAGACAAGCACCCUGGGAGGAGAGGGCAGACUGGUGUCCCGGGGCAGCCCAGUGGUGGAGAGGAUGAGAGGUGUUAUGUAUGUCUGGGGACGGGAACAUUUGUCACCUCCUCCUCUUCCUCCAGGCCGCUAGAGGGACACUCCCAGACACACACACACAGGUCGGUACUCUGCACAAUAUGCAAAUGCUAUAUUUACUGAAACAUGAUUCUUGUGAAGUGUUUCAUGUUAAUUCUAUGUAAGAAAUGAAGUGGAAUUCUGUGUAUACCGGUUCUUCUCUCCCUCGUGGUUUGGGGUUUAGCCAAGUGUUCAAGUGCCCAGCUCCAGGCAAGCCAGGAUUGAGCAGGCAGAAGAAACUGUUGGACGAUGAAGGUACAAAAUGUUAAUGGGAUAAAGUGACAAUGCAAAACUGUCUUUAUCGCUUUAUCUACAGCUCUGAAAAAAAGUUGAACAGUCUCUUACCAAAUCCCAACAGUAACACAGUUCUUGCCUCUCCCCCCUCCCCACUCCCCACCCCCCUUCCGUCCUUUCUUAGAUGCCCUGUCUGUGUGUUCUGAGCUGCUGGACAGUGAGAUCAGUAAGAUACUGGAGACUCCAGCCACCACAAAUAAACCCACCUAUAGGUGCUCAGGUGUGUGUGUGUAUACAGUAUAUUAUGCGUGUGUGUGUGUGUGUGUGUGUGUGUGUGUGUGUGUUGGUUAAUCCAGCUGUUUCCAUCUCCCUAGGCUGUGUGUUGCGGUUCAGUGAGGUGACCAGCCGGUCGUUCCCUGUCCUCCAGAGGUCCUGUCCUCACAGCUGUGACCUGCACAUGGUGCUGCAGCAGGCCACACACAGCUACACAAAGUGCUUCCGAGAAAUACGCAGGAGGAGAUACGCAAACACGACUAACCAGAGAGAGAUGCAGCGAGACUCACACACUCUGGGACCGAGAGAGGGUGGGACUCAGAGCAUCUGGGAUCACAGCAGAGGUAAGAAUCCUGAAGUGCAGAACACACACACACACCGAUACGAUCUGAGACGUGAUGUGUGUCAGGUUGUAACAGAGGCCAGUCUGACUCCUAUCCGUAAAGGACCCCUGCUGAAGAGCUACUCAACCCACAAAGGACAACACAACAAUGACCACAACCGUAAGAUUCACCAACUCACCAAAACUAUUCCAUCCUCCGUCUUGGGGUUGGAAAACAACAUAUUAUAUUAGUCUCUAUCACCUUCUCCUCUUUUCUCCUCCCUCUCUGUCUCUCUCCCCCCUCCUUUCUCUGUCAGAUGUGAGUCUCACCCCCCUAAAGAAGCGUGGUCCAUGUGGAGAUAUCACCCUGACUCCUGUGUGUAGAGGUGGUCUGAUGAGGAGCUUCUCCUCUGUGACCAGCAGGGGGCAGGAGAGCGGAGGUACAGUAUGUUCAGACACCAUAACAACACAUUACAGCACAUUACAACUCUUAGCACUUUAGCCUUAAUUUAACCCAGCUCAUAAUGAGAGCCUUAUUGUUUCUAAUGUAUCAUCUGACUCCCUCUGUCUUACUCUGUGUGUGUCUGUCUCUGUCUCUCUCUCUCAGACGUUAGUCCCCUUCCUUUUAAGAAGCCUCGGCCCUCUGAAGGUAAGGAAAUGAAGCUAUUGUUGAAAUGUGAUACUGUAUGUUUAGUUUCAAUUUAUUUUGGGAUGGAAGUGCAGGGAAGUGUGUUUAAAUGCUACUUCUGGAGGUUGUUCUGAUCAUGUAUGCAGCACUGCCUCCUAGCUGUCUGGGUUAUAUAAUAAUGUAUUAUGGUGUUGUGCAACAAUUACACUGGUAUGGUUGGGGGUAUGUCAAUUGAUCACUGCAAGAGGUCAGAGGUUAGGGUCAGUCUUGUGCUCAGGAUACUGAGAAAGAGGCUGAGAUUUGUGCUAAAUUACAUUUGAAAUGGGUGUUGGAGAUUGGAUAGUUAUUGAGUUAUGGCAUAAGUUGAUGACUGGAGAUGAGUUAUAGAUUAUUGAGUUAUGGGAUAAGUUGAUGCGUUAGAGAUAGUUGAGUUAUGGGAUAAGUUGAUGCGUUAGUGAGAGUUGAGUUAUGGGAUUAGUUGAGUUAUGGUAUAAGUUAUAGAUAGUUGAGUUAUGGUAUAAGUUUAGACGGUGGUGACGGGCUGCUAUGAGGUUAUAACCAAUAUGCGACAUGAAUGUCUGUGUGUAUACGCUUGCCUGUGUGCGCGCGUAUUUGUGGUUGUGUGUGUGUUUCUCGUGGGAUUCCUGGUGUCCAGUGUAUUCCUGGCAGCACAGAGGAAUGUUGAACCACUGCCAAUGUUCUCACAGCACAGCACAGACCAGGGCGGCCUUAGUUGUCCAACACUAGCUCCUAGCUAGUCAUCACUCUGUUACUGAGCUCUACAGCUGUACAACGCUAGCUAGUUUAAACUCUGUUAUAGCGCUGUUAAGCUUCUCCCCCCCCUCCAAUGUCGUGUAGUAGUGUCCACUUCUAGUCUUCUGUGUGUGUUGUUUCACUCUUCAUUCAGAUUUACUCUUGCCCUCUCUUUUUGAACACAUGCUUCCUCCUCCUCCACACUUUUUUGUCUGAAAUACUACAUUCUCUUUCUCCGUCUGUCCCUCCGUUUCUUUCGCUUUCUCCAUCCAGACUGUCUGUCGCCCUCUCGUGUCGCCCUCUCAUGUCUUUCUCUCUUGCUUUUCUCUGUUCUUCCACCAGCUUGAUCUGUCCCUUCUACCCCCCCCUCUGCCCCUCUCUCCAUCUCUCCUUUUAUUCUCUCUCCCUGUCUGGCCAGUGAAUCUCUCUUCUGUGUUCUAUUGUUCUGGUAGCAGGCAGCUGUAUUAGGCGUGACGGAUGACGUAAUGUCACUCCAAUGAAGAAUAGAAAGGAGGGAGAGAUUGUAUUUUCUCUUUAUUAGAUUGUCUCCGUGUUUAGCUCAACACGCUCUGAGAGCGGUUGGUCUCUGCUCACAAUGAGGCGUGACACAUCAGUUCUUUGCUUACUCUCUCACUCUUUCUCUCUCUUACUCACACACACACACACACACACACACACACACACACUAAUGUUCUCUCUCUCGUUGACACACACAGACAGGAGAACAGAUCAUGGUGCCAUUGAUGAUCAGCAGGAGACUCUGUUCAUGGGAAAACCCUCUCUGACUGUAAGGAGGGAGAGAGAGAGAGAGUGUGUGUCCACCGCUGUCUCUGUAGAAGUGUAUUGAAUGGAGGUUAAUCUAUAGUGGAUGGACUGACCGUAUAGAACAGCUAGUGUUCAAGUAACCAGGCAAUGUGACAACAGAGACAACUAUGCCAGUGUGUGUGUGUAUGAUGGUGUCUCCUUCUCAGUUCAGUAGGGGAAUGUUACCCAAGAGGUCUGUGUGUGUGAUGGUCCCCUCUCUAUUGCAGAGCAGUUACAAAACCAAGGAAAGGAGGAUGAUGGCAGAUUGUUUUGUCUCAUGUCCUCUCUCUUGUCUGUCUCUCUUGUCUCUCUCUCUCUUUCUUUCGUUCUUUCGUUCUUUCUUUCUUUCUUUCUUUCUUUCUUUCUUUCUUUCCAUCCACAGAGGGAGAGGAGGAACUUCAGCCGUGAGGAGGAGAGUUACCUGUGUGGAGGUAUAGAGAGGUUUGGUCCGUCCUGGAACACCAUCCUGUGGGCCUAUCCCUUCCAGCCGGGGCGCACCCAUGUAGAUCUGGCCCAGACAUACAAACACCCGCAUGUAAUAGGCAUCAACAAUGGUUUUAAAAACAUUUGUCACUGA